AUGAAAACUGUUGGUGAGAAUUUGACAAUGGAAGCAUACAGAGAAGAGGCUCUCAAAGCGAAGCAUAUCGCUGAGAGAAGAUUCGCGGAGAAAGAUUUCACGGGCGCGAGGAGUUACGCGCUGAGGGCGAGGUCGCUGUAUCCAGACUUGGAAGGUUUGUCUCAGAUGGUGACGACGUACGAAGUUUAUAUAGCUUCUCAGGGUAGACGCAGCAGCGGGGAGAUUGAUUACUACGCGGUUCUUGGGCUAAAACCAUCUGCUGGGAAAAGAGAAGUGAAGAAACAGUACAAGAAGAUGGCUGUACUGCUCCAUCCGGACAAGAACAAAUGCCUCGGAGCUAACGGGGCGUUCCAGAUCAUAUCCGAAGCGUGGACUUUCCUGUCGAAUGAGUUCAAGAAAAGCACUUUUUAUUACAAGAGAAAGAAACUCAUGGACUCGAUGGUGGUUCAGAAGAACAGCAGCACAGAGUAUGCCCCCGGGACCGCGGGAUUCGACUGUUGUCCACCGGUUUCUUCGGAAAGGCAUGAUACUUUCUGGACUGUAUGCACCUCUUGCAAAGUUCAGUACGAGUAUCUGAGGAAGUAUGUGAACAAGCGGCUCUCGUGUAAGAACUGCAGAGGAGCAUUCAUCGCUGUGGAGACUGGGCCGGCUCCUGUUAGUGCAUCGAUUCAGUACGCGCCUCCUCCUCCUCAUACAACAAGUAAUGGAUACGGAUCAUCUCAUGGCUAUGAUGCUGUCUCACGCAUGCCUACCAAUUCCACUUAUUUCUUAGGCCAGUAUCCUGCACAUGGAUAUGAAUAUGUUACAAAUGAGUCAUAUGACUGGAACUCAUACAUGGGAACAGCAUCUCCGGGGAAUCUGGAGUCAAACCGUAUGUCUUCAGUUUCCAACGGAUAUCCUUAUAAGCUCAGCAAUGGAGUAGUCUCUGGGGGAAGAAAGAAAGUUAAAGAAGGAUCUCACAGGACUACAAGCUCGAUGAAAAGCAAAGCCUCUGAACUGAUAUAUCCAAGCCCGCCCAACUGGCCUGCUGAUCCUUCGGUGAUUAAGGCGAGUAGACCUGAGAAAAAGAGGAAUCUUGGUUUGGGGUCAUCUGGUAAUGGAUUUGUUGAGAACACUGCAAAAGCUAAUCCAGAGUCAAAAGCAACAAAUCUGGAUGUAAACAUGGAACACGAGUUUAAACAUCCUGGCCAAAGCUAUGGUUCAACAAGACGAUGGUCCGCUGCAGCAGGAUUGGAUACGCGGAAGAUAUUGAUUAACAAAGCUAAAACACAUAUUCAGCAAAGACUAGAGAUGAUGAGAUUAGCUUCAGUGGCAGCAGCAGCAGCGGCUACAGAGGAUGCUGCUCCCCUUGAUGAGGUAAAUGCCUCCUCCAAGGUAGGAGAUGAUGUAAGUUAUGUUUGCUCCGGCCCUCACCAAUCUACUCGGAAAAUAAACGGACCAAUAAUAGUUCCAGACUCCGACUUCCACGACUUUGAUAAAAACAGAUCAGAAGAGUGCUUUGAAGCUAGGCAAAUAUGGGCAAUCUAUGAUGAAGAUGAUGGUAUGCCACGGUUAUAUUGCGUGGUCCGGGAAGUACUCUCGGUUCAGCCUUUCAAGAUCGACAUAGCCUACUUGAGCUCGAAGACCGACAUCGAGUUUGGUACGAUGAAAUGGGUGCAGUACGGGUUCACAAAGUCGUGUGGACAUUUCAGGAUACGCAACACUGACAUAGUCGACCACGUUAACAUAUUCUCCCAUCUAUUGAAAGACAAGAAGACAGGAAGAGGCGGUUGUGUAAGGAUAUUCCCGAAAACCGGAGAGAUUUGGGCCGUGUACAAGAACUGGUCACCGAACUGGAACAACUCGACCCCAGAUGAAGUUAGGCACCAGUACGAAAUGGUUGAGAUCCUUGAUGAAUACUCUGAACAGUUUGGUGUUUGCAUUGCCUCGCUUGUGAAAGUAGAAGGCUACAAGACCGUGUAUCGCAGGAGAAGCGAGGAGGAGGAAGAGAGCUCGAAAUGGAUACCGCGGAGAGAGAUGCUGCGGUUUUCGCAUCAAGUGCCAUCUUGGUUUCUUAAAGAAGAAACUAGCGGUGUGCCCGGAAACUGUUGGGACUUGGACCCAGCUGCUAUACCUGAGGAGUUGCUUCACACUGGAGCAGGAGACUGAGUAAUGUAUCAUUCACUGUUGCUGCAAGAGACAAAAGAGUAAGAGCUUUAUAUAUGUAUGUCCAUGUAACGGUUUUUGACUCAGUGUAGAAAACCCAACCUUCUAUAUCCACAAGAUUUUAUGGAUUAUUAUGUCAGGAACUAUAUACAGGCAAGCCUCUGUUUGUUCAUUGGAGCUGUUGUAUUAGCAAUGUUGAAGAAUCAAAACCUAGUUUGACUUGUUACUUAUUUUUAUGAUUCUGUAUUUCCUUUUUGUUUUUCUUUGUUAACAUUUAGUAUAAAAAUGUAGCCAAUUUCAUUUUGGUUUUUUAUUUUUCUCA